AUGUCAAGGGUCGGUGUUUUAGCUUUGGGACCUGCUGGUGCAGGCAAGUCUACAUUCUGUAAUAGGAUUAUAUCGCAUAUGAAAUCUAUAGGGCGGACGGCCCAUAUAGUCAACUUGGACCCAGCAGCUGAACCAACAGAGUACGAGUUCACUAUUGACAUAAGAGAUUUGAUAUCAUUGCAAGAUGUGAUGGAAGAGACGGAUUUGGGGCCUAAUGGAGGGCUUAUGUAUUGUUUUGAGUUUCUUUUAAAUAAUCUAGAUUGGUUGGACGAAGAGAUCGGAGAUUACAAUGACGAAUAUUUAAUAUUUGAUUGCCCCGGUCAAAUCGAGCUAUAUACACAUGUCCCUGUGCUACCCACCAUAGUAAGGCACCUCCAAAGAAACUUGAAUUUCAAUUUAUGUGCUACUUAUCUUUUGGAAUCUUCCUUUAUAAUUGAUACUUCGAAGUUCUUUUCCGGAGCCCUAAGUGCAAUGUCUGCUAUGAUACUAUUAGAAUUGCCACACAUCAAUAUUUUAUCCAAGAUGGAUCUAAUAAAGAAUGAUUUCACUCGGAAACAGUUGAAGAGAUACCUCAACCCUGAUCCUAUGAUAUUAACUAAAGAAGAAGAUAAAUAUAAUCCCAGAUUUUCCAAACUCAACAAACUAAUUGCUAACUUGGUUGACGACUUCGGUAUGGUACAAUUCUUGCCACUCGACUGUUCUAAAGACAGCGACUCUAUUGCUACUAUCCUCAGCUAUAUAGAUGACGUUACGCAGUGGAGUGAGAGCCAGGAACCCAAGCAACCUGACGACGAGAUCGAAAUAGAAGAAGAAUAA